AUGGUUGCUAAGCGACAGGCAACAGCUGAUGCUGAGGUGUGGCGGAGUUUUUGUAUUUUCAUUGGCAGUAGUCAGACAGUUUCUCAGACAGGGGAAAUGGAAAAAGAAGUGAACUUUCGGAUUCAGUGUGGCUGGAACAAUUGGCGGCAAGUUUCGGGUGUGAUAUGCGAUAGAAGGGUACCAGUAAGAGUGAAGGGCAAAGUCCACAAAGCAGUCGUUAGACCUGCUUUGAUGUAUGGGCUAGAAGCAGCACCUUUGAAGAAGAUUGAAGAGAGGAAGAUGGAUGUAGCGGAGAUGAUGUUGAGAUGGAUGGUGGGAGUCAACAGAACAGACCGAAUUAGGAAUAAGUACAUAAGAGGAACGGUGAAAGUGGUUGAAGUCUCCAAGAAGAUCCAGGAGUCAAGGUUGAGGUGGUAUGGACACUUGAGAAGAAGAGUUGGCGAAGACCACGUAGGAAGGGAGAUCAUGGAAAUGGAGGUGGAGGGAGUUAGAAGAAGAGGACGGCCCAAAAGAAGAUGGAUUGACUGCAUAAACGGAGAUCUUGGGGAGAAGAAUAUAAAUCCAGAGAUGGCAAACAAUAGAAAUACGUGGAGAAGGCUCAUUCACAACGGCGACCCCGAAUAG